AUGUUCAAUUCACACUCCCACGUGUCAAAGAGCGAACGAACCUUGCCUUCCACUUUCAUCUACCCUCCAUGGAUCAUGGAACGAACACAACAUGCCGUUGACUCUGAGCAGCUGUCGCUGAACGGACACCUAGAACAUCGGCCGAGACGGUCUUAUGAAGAGGAGAUACCCCGGGAUGCCUACCAUGAGGGCGUACACAUAGCUUCCGUGGCUGAGAAGAAGCGCCUGUGGUGGAGGAAUGCCAUCAUAAAUGCCUUAUUUAUUGCUUCAUGGUUUCUCUUCGCAACUCUUCUCUCAGUCUACAAUAAAUGGAUGUUUUCAGCCGACCACUUUGGGUUCCCUGCUCCCCUAUUCGUCACGACUAUGCACAUGUUUGUUCAGUUCGCUCUCGCAUCCGCCUUACGGACGAUUUGGCCCAAGAGGUUUCGUCCUAAGAACAGCCCUUCUCGCGAGGACUAUGUGAAGAAAGCAGUGCCAACUGCUGCUGCCACUAGUCUAGAUAUUGGCCUGUCGAAUUUAUCACUCAAGUUGAUAACGCUAUCUUUCUACACCAUGGUCAAGUCAUCGUCUUUAAUCUUCGUCCUCCUGUUCGCGUUCUUGUUCCGUCUAGAAGUCUUUUCAUGGCGGCUGGUGGCCGUAAUCACGCUAAUAUCUGCUGGCGUCGUUCUUAUGGUGGCCUCUGAAGCUCAAUUUGAAUUAAAUGGCCUAAUUCUGGUAUUGAGUGCCAGUGCACUGGGUGGCCUCCGUUGGAGUCUUACGCAAGUUCUCCUCAAAAGUAAAAAUAUGGGUUUUGAUAAUCCGGCAGCUACAAUCUUCUGGCUCUCUCCUACUAUGGGAGCGACACUCGCAAUUGUCAGUGCUGCCCUUGAGGGUUGGCCGUCGAUCUUCCGCACUUCCUUUUUCGAUGGUGUCACCCGAACGUUGGGAACGGUGUUCUUCCUUACGGCCCCAGGUGUCAUCGCAUUUUGCAUGGUAUUGAGCGAAUACUACAUCAUCCAGCGCGCAGGGGUCGUGCCGAUGUCCAUCGCUGGAAUAGCGAAAGAAGUAUCCACAAUUCUGGUGUCCACAUGGGCUUUUGGAGACAGAAUCUCACUGCUCAACGCCAUCGGUGUUGCAAUUACAGUGUCCGGGAUUGGCCUGUUUACAGUGCACAAGUACCGUAAAUCGAUCGAGUCGACGGUUCCCUUGGAUGCUCACGGCAACCCGAUUACGGAAGGCGAGGAGGGGAGCGUUGGGAGCCUCGAGGAAGCGCAGUACGGCAGUGAGGCCGAGGAGACUAUCCGAUUAACUUCCAGGGCGCACGGGGAGGAGGAUGCUAGCGGCUUGGCUGAGGAGCGCGAGCGACUGGUGCAGAUAUCGUCGACUGAUCUACGUGUUUUAGAGGAUCGCGUCCGGCCAGUCCCUGAGUUUCAUGACGAGUGGGAAUCCGGCGACAGCGGCGAGCCUGGGCGGGCUGGGCAUGGCCGAAGUGAUGUGGACAAGGUGUGGAAUGGAUGA